GGGGUGAUCCGUAUGAAAGGCCUCAGGAACCUGGGUGAUAAACAGCCAUUGUUCUCCUGAGAGCUUGAUGAAACAGAGAGGGAUGUCUGGCCACGCCGCCUGCUGCGGAGAUAUGAGGUUCAGGCGACCAGCAGCAGUAACCAUGUCUCAGUCUGCAGAGAAAGGGAAGUUCCCCGAGGCGGCAGGAUAUGUGGGUUUUGCCAACCUACCCAACCAGGUGCACAGGAAGUCAGUGAAGAAGGGAUUUGAGUUCACCCUCAUGGUUGUUGGAGAGUCUGGUUUGGGCAAGUCUACGCUGAUCAACAGCCUGUUUCUGACAGACCUCUACCCAGAGCGAUACAUCCCUGGGGCCGCAGAGAAGAUCGAGCGGACGGUGCAGAUAGAAGCCAGUACGGUGGAGAUUGAGGAGAGGGGUGUGAAACUCCGCCUUACUGUGGUCGACACCCCCGGAUAUGGAGACGCCAUCAACAGCCAGGACUGCUUUAAGACUAUCAUCCAGUACAUUGAUAACCAGUUUGAGCGUUACCUUCAUGACGAGAGUGGCCUAAACCGCAGGCACAUCGUAGACAACAGAGUCCACUGCUGCUUCUACUUCAUCUCUCCUUUUGGACACGGUCUGAAGCCUCUGGAUGUGGAGUUCAUGAAGGCCAUUCACAGCAAGGUCAACAUCGUCCCUGUCAUCGCUAAGGCUGACACACUCACACUGAAAGAGAGAGACCGCCUUAAAAGGAGGAUCCUGGAUGAGAUUGCAGAGCAUGGCAUCAGGAUCUACCAGCUGCCAGACGCUGACUCAGACGAGGAUGAGGAGUUCAAGGAGCAGACACGAGUACUGAAGGCGAGCAUUCCGUUUGCUGUGAUUGGUUCGAACCAGCUGAUUGAGGUGAAAGGGAAGAAGAUCAGAGGUCGUCUCUACCCCUGGGGGGUCGUAGAGGUGGAGAACCCAGAGCACAACGACUUCCUCAAACUACGCACCAUGCUUGUCACCCACAUGCAGGACCUCCAGGAGGUCACUCAGGACCUGCACUACGAGAACUUCCGCUCAGAGAGACUGAAGAGAGCUGGCAGAGCUGUGGAGGAGGAUGUGGUUGAUAAAGACCAGAUUCUCCUGCAGAAGGAAGCUGAGCUGAGGCGUAUGCAGGAGAUGAUUACCCAGAUGCAGGCGCAGAUGAAGAUGAAGGGAGAUGAGUGAAAAGAAAGCGAUCGGAGGAGGGAGAGGGGGAAGAGAAGAGCCCCUCACCCCUCAACCCCCUGUGCGUCUGCAACUCCAUCAUGGACGUACUGCUGGACACAUUCAUCACCCCCUAUCCCUCAUUGUGUCAGUCAAACAAUCAAUUAACCAAUCAACCAACCAAUUGGAGGUCCUCCUCAAUAACCUCAUUUUAAUUAGUAAGUCUUCAAUAUGGCCCCUAUUUCACCAUGGUACUGAGAUCCACUGAUCUGCUAGUCUGAGUGUUUUUUUGGAAAGCGUUACUAACGUUAUGACAUGAGGUGUGUUUGUCAGGAGUGUUAUAGCAUUACAUAAUAAAGGAUAUGGGUUUUGAUAUAUAAUAAGACAUACUGUAAAGACAAUAAUUACAUGCUCUCCUAAUAGCUGACUACUGAUGAUGUCCAUUUGUUUUCAUCAGUACUACUAAUUCUGUCUCAUGUACAAUGCAGAUCUUCCAUUGAUAACGGUACUAAUACAUCUAAUUGGUUAGACAACAAUAAGACUUCAGUGUUUACGGAAUGUUAGGGGAAUGUUUUGAAUAUAUUAAGGGAAGGUUUAUUGAGAGCUGGGUGUUGUGUGUGUCAUUUGCAACCUGUCUUUGUCUUCACAUUUGGACACAGCGGAGGACAUGUCAGUCCACGCUGUAGGUGUAGUAAUAAGAGUGUCCCUCAGGUGGCGCUGUAGUCUAUGUUCAACAGCACAACACUUGGAAAUAACUAUAAAGGUAAUAUAUGAGGGUAAUAUAGACUUAAUUGGAAGUAUCCCACAUAGUAACAAUUUAGAUUUUAAACCUUAUCACAUUUGGUCUAUAUUAGGAAAUAUUUAUGUAACAAAACUUUGUGCCUCUGUUGUAUUGGAUGGAGACAGUUUGCCUUGGUCUCUCUGGAUCAGUCUCAGACGAGGUUCUUCUGAGCUGAAUUCCUCACCAUGUAAUCUUAUAACUCAAGUAUCACCAGCAGAAGUAACACAAGCCAUGGGUUGUGUUGUCAGUAAAGAGGGAAUAUUUGUCCUUGUGUUUGAGGAAUGCUCUGAAAUGACUUGAUAGCUGAAAUAUGUAUGUCAAGUGGGUGGACGUACUGUCUAGAAUAGAUGUUGGUGCAUUCAAUAUCCAACUGAUGAAAUGGUUGCCAAGUGAUCAUGUUAAUUCAAGUGUUUUCAAACCAUGCACAACCAUAUCAUGUCUUAAUUUGGUUAAUAUGCCUUUUGUAUCUCCUAAAACGUGUACUUCAAAACCUUUCAUCACCGUUUCUCUUUAUUAGUUACAUUACAUCAUGAGCAGUCUUAGUGUUGAUAUCUGUGGGUUUUUUAUUUUGGUUCUGUUCUUGUUUUGGAUUUUCCUAAAGUUCUUUUUAAAAAAUGUCAUCACAAUGAUUUACUGUAUGCACAUUACUCUUUUCAUAUUGGCUAGCUCCAUGGAACUUACAGUAUUAAACUGAAUUCCAAACUAUAUUCUGAUUCACCAUGGUCGUGUCCCAAAUGGCACCCUAUUCCUAUAUAGUGCACUACUUUUGACCAGAGCCCUGGUCAAAAGUAUUGCACUAUAUAGGGAAUAGGGUGCCAUUUGGGACGUAGUCCAUGUAUGUCUGUGGCUGUGCCAGCCCACCUUCUAGACUACUGACUGUCUUAUACAGUCAACACACUAAAACCUCUUUCUGUGUUCAGGAAUGUGUUUUCGUGUUUAGGAGUGCUAUCGUAAGUUAGUGUGGCAAUGGCAUUGUCUCUGUAACCUGGCUGUUUCUGUUUAGUUGGUCAACAGAUUUGUCUGUUUGAAUAUUCGAGCCAUUAACCCAACUGUGCUUGAGACCUUUUUUAGUAGUGUCUCAACUUUUGCACUUCAUUUUCAGAAAUAAAGUUUCCAUAGAAGCAGA